AUGGCUGUCAAGACAAACUUUGUCGGGCUCGUCGUGAGUCAAGGCAAGAUGAACAAGACUGUCAAAGUCCGUGUCAAUACUCACGUUUACGAUAAAAAGGUGCACAAAGAAGUUAUCAAGCGAAACCACUAUCUUGUCCAUGAUGAGGGUAAUAUCUGCAAGGAAGGCGACAUCGUCAGAAUCGAACUGAUCCCUAAGAUACUGCCGCGAAAGUACUUUGCUGUUGCUGAAAUCAAGGUCAAUAAAGGUCAGCAAUUUGCUCAGUACGAACUCGAGGCGAAGCUGAGAGUUGCAGAGGAGCACAAACGCAAACUUGCUGAAUUUGAAGCCAACAAAGAAGGGCUUCAAUCCGUCAUCAGCAAAAUUGAAGAUUUACGUCUACUUGAUGGCGUGUCAAAACAGAUAUCAACUGCCUCGGAUGAGGAUGCCGCUGGCCUUGCUAAAACCAUCGAUGAAAUCAAAGCGAAAUAUGGGUUAAAGCUGUGGCCAACGACUCAACCAAUUGUUAAUCUUGAAAUCAAUGAAAUGACAGAAAAGGCCUCUGCUCAAAAAGAACGUCAAGAGAAUGUUGAUGCAAUCGUCGCUAAGGUUUUACUGGAUGAUUCUAUAGUGGCUUCGAUCUUGUCGAAGGUGGGCAAAGAUGCUAGCGCUUUGAAGAAGCACACUCGUAAAAAUCUCAUCAGGAAGUACGUGUUGGAUGUGAAAAAUGAAUUACCCGUAAACCUUUAA